AUCCAGUUGACCAGACCAAAAGUCGACCAGAACCAGGAGCAGGACAACGAUGCAGCCCGGAAGUGAAAACCAGCCCGAACUGAACACCCACUCCGCCGUGGACUAUCACUGGCGGGUCUGGCAGCUGACCGGCCUGAUUCGUCCGGCAGGCAUCUCGAAAAGCCUCUACCGGACAUACGCGAUCGGCCUAAAUCUGAUGGUCACUCUGCUCUUUCCGCUGAGCCUGCUGGCCCGGCUCAUCCUGACGCGCAGCAUGAAGGAGCUGUGCGAGAACCUAACCAUCACCAUCACAGACAUAACGGCCAACUUGAAGUUCGGAAACGUGUACCUAGUGCGGCGCCACCUCGGCGAGAUCCGCUCGCUAAUCCAGCAACUGGACUGCCGGGCCCUGGCGAUUUGCGAUCGCGAUGAGCUGUGCGCUCUCGUCCAGGCUGUGACGACGGCCCGGAACACAUUCCGCACCUUUGCAUGGAUCUUCGUGUGCGGAACCUCGCUAAGCUGCGUCCGUGUGGCCCUUGCCAGGAGCCGCCAGUUGCUCUACCCGGCCUGGUUCGGGGUAGACUGGAAGAACUCGAACGAGGCAUUUCUAGGAAUUUACGUGUACCAGCUGUUCGGCCUGAUCGUUCAGGCGGUGCAGAACUGCGCCAGCGACUCGUAUCCGCCGGCCUACCUCUGCCUGCUGACGGGCCACAUGAGGGCCCUGGAGGUACGGGUGGCCCGGAUCGGCUGCGAAUGCGGCAGUGGUCGGCAGAGCUACGAUCAGCUGCUGGCAUGCAUCCAAGACCUGACGCUCAUCCACCGGAUGCACACCAUCAUCCAGCAAAUCCUGUCCGUGCCUUGCAUGGCCCAGUUCGCGUGCUCCGUCGCCGUCCAGUGCACGGUCGCCAUGCACUUUCUGUACGUUGCCGACGCCGACGACCGGCUGGCUAUGAUCCUCUCGGUCAUUUUCUUUGUGGCCGUCACCCUGGAGGUGUUCGUCAUCUGCUACUUCGGCGAAAAGAUGCGCACGCAGAGCGAGGCCCUUUGCAACGCCUUCUACGCGUGCAACUGGGUCGAGCAGCUGCCCCGCUUUAGGCGCGAUCUUCUCUUUACCCUAGCGCGGGCCCAGCGACCAUCGCUUAUACUCGCCGGCAGCUAUAUUCCCCUCACUCUGGAGACCUUUAAGGAGGUACGUGCCCCUUAGUGACCCCUAAUGCUGUCCGUGGCACAUUCUUGACUUUACAUUACUUCAAGGUUAUGCAUUUCGCCUACUCUGCUUUCACACUCCUGCUGAGGGCCAAGUGAGGAUGUUCCAGCCAAUGCCUUGCCAACAAGUAAAAGAGUUGAGAGCGCACAACCUGGGCAGUUCUUGACCACAUUACACGCAGCCACUCCUAUCCUCACCAUUCUUAUCUCCAAUGAUCAAUAUAAACAAAGGUUUCCAAUCGUUUUUCCGGCAAGUGAAAGAGCUUAGAGGAACAAAUUUGGGCAGAUCCCGAUUGAAAAAUACAGAUUGUAGUUGCUUGCGCUAUUCCUUAUUGCACUUCGACCAUGUGGGCAAUUCGACAAUGUCGCACGGGACAUGCGUGCACAUUUGGAGUGAAAAAAUCGUUCAAAAUGGAACGGAUUUUUAUGUUGACAUUAGGUUUAAUUAAUUAAUUUUAACUGUUAAUUAGACCUACAAAUCUGGCAAAGGCAGAGGUUCAUGUUGGGCAAUUUUUCGUUUUAAAGAUAAAUAAUUGCAAAACACCACAGAAUUCAAACGGCCCAGCACCAAAAGGGAAGAGAGUGGUUUUUGCGGUCAACGAUUCAAAUCCCGAUUUGAACGAAACCUGACGCAAUAUUCAAUCUGACCUGGAAAGCUGUGCGCAUUAAUGUCUCUUAAUAUUUGGUUUGGAAUUACAUACAUAAUACCAAAAAUGAUUUACGUUGUUUUAAUUUAUUUUUAAUUUUAUGAUAAGCACAUUC